CGUGAGGACAGUCGAACCCAAACUAACCAUCAUGAUAUUACGGCAUCUUGCUGCCCGUAACGGCCCUCGGGCGCUUGCUCGCUAUGCCUCCCAACCACAACCCCUCCGUCGCUUCUACGCAUCAGAUGUCGAUGGCAUUGCUGCAUCAGCGGACAACACCCUCAAGCAGCUCCACUCGCUCGAAGCGCAGAUCAAUCAAGCGACCGGGGAUCGUGUUCCCUCCCUUAACCCCGAGACCGCGGGAGAGGCAGAGGCCGUGUCCGCCAGCCCACUGUCCAUUGUCGAGCAGUACCACCUGCACCAGAAGCAGAAGCAGGUGUCAGGACACCUGGGCUCAGACAUAGCCCCUCACUACCAGCCGCACACCCUUCUCACUCACCCCCCUUCCCCUGCCGAUGUCACUCUCGAGCUCCUCCUCGCAUCUGAAGCACAUCAGGGCCAUGCAACCUCUCUCUGGAACCCUGCCAAUGCGCGGUACAUCUACGGCAUUCGACAGGGCACCCAUAUAAUUUCACUCGAAGCCACCGCCGCUCAUCUGCGGCGAGCCGCCAAGGUCGUUCAGGAGGUGGCGAGAAGGGGCGGCAUGAUCCUCUUCGUCGGCACUCGCGAUGGUCAGGACACAGCCGUUGUGCGGGCUGCCCAACUGGCAAAGGGAUACCAUCUCUUCGAGAGGUGGAUUCCGGGGAGCAUCACCAACGGGCAGCAAAUUCUCGGCCGGUGCAGGACAAAGGUUGUCAACGAGAAGGACGAGGAGGUCCCCGGGUUCGAAGAACAGCUGUGGGACCGUCCGGUACUGAGGCCCGAUCUGGUUGUCUGCAUGAACCCCUUGGAGAACUACGUGCUGCUGCACGAGUGUGCUCUGAACAACAUUCCUACCAUUGGCGUCAUCGACACGAAUGCGGAUCCCACAUGGGUCACAUAUCCCAUCCCCGCAAAUGACGACAGUCUUAGGUGCAUCCAAGUCAUCGCAGGGGUGCUCGGCCGUGCUGGGGAAGCGGGACAGAAACAAAGGCUGGAAGCUGCUGAGCGCGGCGAGAUCACGUACCGACCGGCUCAAGGCCUCCAUCUUCCCGAGGUGGAGGAGGCGGCGUCUUCUUCGGCGCAUGAAGUAGUUCUGGGAGAAGAGUCGAUUGAGGACGCGGACGAGGUGGCAGGCAAGCUCGAGGACCGCGAUAAUCAUGACGGCCGCAAACAGGGGCAUCGCAUCAGGAUAUCAGCAUAGGCAGUGGGUAUUGUACGAUAGGCUGACGCCAAGGCGACUCCAAAGAUGAUGUGUAUACUUGGAUCUGUUGUAUUAGAGCUUGGAAGCAUUGACGAUGGCACUCCGUAUGCCAUAGUCAUGGGGGACUAGUAGGUAUCCUUUUGGGCUACCCGUGGCCGCAAUUUCACCUGGGGCAACUUGUUUCCGAAUAUUUCUUGCUUUACCGUACCGGUCCAGAGUUGCG